UUCUUUGAAAUUCUAUCAAAAAUCAUAUUUGUCGUUCAACGUUUGAGCUCGAACUUCGCCGAGAACCCUUCCAUGUCAGUCCCUCUCUUUCACAAUUGCCAUCUGCCGCUAAGGAACUCGGUCUCCUUUGUGUGCAAACACAGCUACAGCUUCAGCAAACAAGAGCAAACCCAGAAGCGGGAUGGGUUGAAAUUCAUUCGUGGCGUGAAGCUCUUGAAGGAUCUAAGCACUUGGGGCAUUGGAGGCCCUUGCAAUCAUUUCGUCCAGGUUUACAAUCAAACCCAGCUUGUUUCUGCUGUCAGAUACUGUCAUGAGCAUUGCAUACGAUUCGUUGUUAUUGGUAAAGGCUCAAAUUGCCUCUUUGACGACAUGGGUUUUGAUGGUUGUGUUAUUCUAAACCGGAUUGAGUUCUUGGAGACGAAUGAACCCGGAAUUUACAGAGUUGGAAGCGGUUUUCGAUUUAAUAAAUUGGGCAUCAAGUGUUCGAAUGAAGGUUUCACAGGCCUUGAAUUUGCCGGAGGAAUUCCUGGGACUGUAGGGGGAGCAGCUUAUAUGAACGCUGGAGCCAAUGGGCAGGAGACUGCUGAUGUUGUUGAUAGCAUUGACAUUAUAAAAACUGAUGGAAGGUUGCAGACACUUAGCAAAAUUGAUCUUAACUUUGGCUACCGGUCAUCCUCAUUUCAAUAUAUGGAAGACUUGGCAGCCAUUGUUGCAGUCACAUUCCGGCUGCACCCCUCAGGAUCAUCACAGAAAAGGCUACAGGAGUAUCUAAAAAGGAGGAGAGUAUCUCAACCGAUGGGGGAAAGAAGUGCUGGGUCAGUGUUCCAAAAUCCUUGCCAUUUGGGAGUUGCAGCAGCUGAGUUGAUUGAGAAAGCUGGAUUAAAAGGUUUUAGAGUGGGAGGAGCCAUGGUGUCCAACAUCCAUGCCAACUUCUUCAUAAAUUUUGGUGGCUCAACUUCUCAAGACAUGCUUGACCUCCUUGCUACCGUCAAGGAGAAGGUUGAUCAGAAGUUUGGAAUACAACUUAAGGAAGAAGUAUUAUAUGUAUAUCCAUAUUGUGAUGAUUUGAAUCCAAACAGAGACAAAUUGACAAGUCAUGUAAUAUUUGAUCAAGGGAAACAAGAAAGCUGAUUCAUU